AAUCUACUUCAACCCAAUCUUUUUUAAAAUCUUUAUACCAACAAUCCACUUUUCAACAAUCUACUUCUCAACAAUCUACUUCUCAACAAUCUACUUCUCAACAAUCUACUUCUCAACAAUCCACUCCUCAACAAUUUACUUUUCAACAAUCUACUCCUUAA